UCAUAUCGUGUCGGUACUUAUUUUUCGGGUCUGAUUGUUAUAUGCGGUCUUCUUAGCAGAUAUGGUUGUUUGGGGAUCUUUUUGUAUAAAUAUACUGUAGUUGCAAUUUAAUUUUAGUAGUAAGUUUUCUUACACAAUUCAACCUAAGGGUUAGAUAAGUUUUAAAUCUUGUUGGUGUUUUUUAUAACAAAAUAAAUCUUGUUCCAAGUCCAACACCUUUCUUCUACUUUCUCUAUCCCAACCACUUUAUAAAUCUCUGGCUCCAUUCCUUCACAAAUAUGGCGCAACUUGGUGUCACACUUUACUUAAUUAACUAUCUCCCACUUUUCUUACAUCUCCGUGCUACGUGUCAUCCGGUAUGAACAUGAACAUGGAAACUGACUUGGACAUGGUCAUGGAUGGAGUCCCCAAUAUCCUGGAACUCUCUAAUUACAGUUACAGUACAACAACCACGCAUACAUCUGAUGACGAAGCCACAUGGAACAACAACUUGUCCCCACUCAUCGACUUAGAUUUCUUCACUGCCGAUCAAGAUCACUUCCAUGACUUCAUUCAUUCCCUCACCAACGAUGGAAUCACAGCCGUUGAUUCAAAUCUAGUUAAUACUAUCACAGACCAAGAAGAAGAAGAAUCCAUUGGCUAUGAGUCCAACUCCAAUUCCUCAACCGAAGAAGACCACGACAGAAAGGGCCUCCGUCUAGUGCACCUGCUUAUGGCGGCGGCGGAGGCCCUGACAGGCACCAACAAGAGCCAUGAUUUGGCUCGAGUAAUAUUGAUUCGGCUCAAAGAAUUAGUUUCCCCCACUCACGGCACCAACAUGGAGAGACUCGCGGCGUAUUUUACCGACGCCCUCCAAACUCUACUAAACGGCACCAACUGUGCGCACUCCACCAAUCACCAUAAGCUUUGCGUUCUCUCUGGACCCCACCAAAACGACAUACUCUAUGCGUUUCAGCUUCUUCAAGACAUGUCUCCCUAUGUAAAGUUCGCGCACUUCACAGCCAACCAAGCUAUCCUCGAAGCUGUGGUCCAUGAACGAAGAGUUCACAUCGUGGACUAUGACGUCAUGGAAGGGGCCCAAUGGGCUUCACUUAUUCAAUCAUUUUCAUCACGAAAGGACGGCCUUCCAGGCCCACAUCUUCGCAUCACUGCAUUGUCUAGAAACAGCGGACGUGGCAGUGGGCAGAGAUCCAUUGCCACUGUUCAAGAAACUGGACGACGGUUAACGGCGUUUGCUACUUCUGUUGGUCAACCGUUUACUUUUCAUCAAUGUAAGUUGGAUUCGGAAGAAACAUUUCGAACGUCUUCGCUGAAGCUUGUUCGCGGUGAGGCGUUGAUGUUUAAUUGUGUGAUGCAUUUGCCUCAUCUCAGUUACCGCUCAUCAGAUUCGAUUUCUUCGUUUUUUAAUGGUGCUAAGGAGUUAAGACCAAAGCUUGUGACAUUAGUUGAGGAGGAGGUGGGGCCCCUUGAUGAUGCUGGCUUUGUGGGCCUGUUCAUGGAUUCGCUUCACCGUUACUCGGCGAUGUAUGAUUCACUUGAGGAUGGGUUUCCUAUGAAUAAAUGGUCCAGGAGUUUGGUGGAGCGAGUGUUUUUGGGCCCAUUAAUAACGGGCUCAGUGGCCCGAUUGUACAUUACCGGUGAAGUGGAGGAACAAGAGAGGAGUUCUUGGGGGGAGUGGUUGAGUGCGUCGGGGUUCAAGGGUGUUGCUUUAAGCUACGGUAACUAUUGCCAAGCGAAGUUGUUACUUGGUCUUUUUAAUGAUGGGUAUAGAGUGGAGGAGGUGGAUAACAAUAAGUUGGUGUUGGGUUGGAAAUCAAGGCAUUUGCUUUCAACUUCUAUUUGGAGUUUUAUGUUAGAGUGAUCAGAUAUUGAUUUUUAGUUUCUUUUUCUUUUCUUAACUUUUGAAAACUAAAAUUAAAGUAACAAGCUUCAUAUGUGGGACUAUCUUACUAGUGCAACGAUACUUUUACAAAUUGUGACCUUGUUGGGACUCUCCUUCAAGUUAUUUGUUCUGCUUGUUUGUUUGUUUGUGUGUUUUGUGUUUGUUAUUUCCCAAGAUUUUCUUAUGUUUACUUUCUUCUCAAUUCAAAUAGUUGUUUUCUUCGUUGAUUAAAUGAAAGUUAGAAGAAUAGCUAAA